GGGCGGGCGGGCGCUGCGGCGGCCGCGGCGGCUGCUUCCUCGGGCCAUUUUGCUGAGGAGCCACGGGGAGGAGGAGCUGCCGAGGCGACCCCAGGCGAGGAGCGGCGAGCCGGAGGAGGCGGCGGCCGCGCGCGCACCGGGCUUUCCUCGAUCGCGGGGAUCUCGAGGGGCGAAGGGAUCGCCGGGGAGGGGGACCGGAGAGCCGCGCCCGCUGCGCGGCGCGCCCCUUCCCGCCCCCUGCACCAUGAGCUGGGGCACCGAGCUCUGGGAUCAGUUUGACAACUUAGAAAAACACACACAGUGGGGAAUUGACAUUCUUGAGAAAUACAUCAAAUUUGUAAAGGAAAGGACAGAGAUCGAGCUCAGCUAUGCCAAACAGCUCAGGAACCUUGCAAAGAAAUACCAACCUAAAAAGAACUCGAAGGAGGAAGAAGAAUACAGGUAUACGGCGUGUAAAGCCUUCCUUUCCACCCUGAACGAAAUGAACGAUUACGCUGGGCAGCACGAAGUUAUCUCCGAGAACAUGACCUCACACAUCACUGUGGAGUUAGCCCGCUACGUCCAGGAACUGAAGCAGGAGAGGAAAUCGUACUUUCAUGAUGGGCGGAAGGCACAGCAGCACAUAGAGAUCUGCUGGAAACAACUCGAAUCAAGUAAAAGGCGAUUUGAGCGGGACUGCAAAGAGGCGGACAGGGCGCAGCAGUACUUUGAGAAGAUGGACGCCGACAUCAAUGUCACCAAAGCCGACGUUGAGAAGGCGCGCCAGCAAGCUCAGGUACGUCACCAAAUGGCCGAGGACAGCAGAGCCGAUUACUCAUCAAUCCUCCAGAAAUUCAACCAUGAGCAGCACGAAUACUACCACACUCACAUCCCCAACAUAUUUCAAAAAAUACAGGAGAUGGAGGAAAGGAGGAUAGUGAGGAUUGGGGAAUCAAUGAAGACCUACGCAGAGGUCGAUCGGCAAGUGAUUCCAAUCAUUGGGAAAUGCUUGGAUGAAAUAGUAAAGGCGGCCGAAUCGAUCGAUCAGAAGAAUGAUUCGCAGCUGGUAAUAGAGGCGUAUAAGUCCGGGUUUGAGCCUCCUGGGGACAUUGAAUUUGAGGAUUACACUCAGCCCAUGAAGCGCACUGUGUCAGAUAACAGCCUCUCGAACUCCAGAGAAGGCAAAGCAGAGCUCAAGUUCGGUGGCAAAUCCAAAGGAAAGUUAUGGCCAUUCAUCAAAAAAAAUAAGCUUAUGUCCCUUUUAACAUCCCCCCAUCAGCCUCCCCCUCCUCCCCCUGCCUCUUCCUCACCCUCUGCUGUUCCCAACGGCCCCCAGUCUCCCAAGCAGCAAAAGGAACCCCUCUCCCAUCGCUUCAACGAGUUCAUGACCUCCAAACCCAAAAUGCACUGCUUCAGGAGCCUAAAGCGUGGGCUUUCUCUCAAGCUGGGCGCGACGCCAGAGGAUUUCAGCAACCUCCCGCCUGAGCAGAGAAGGAAAAAGCUGCAGCAGAAGGUCGAUGAAUUAAAUAAAGAAAUUCAGAAGGAGAUGGAUCAAAGAGAUGCUAUAACAAAAAUGAAAGAUGUUUACCUAAAGAAUCCUCAGAUGGGAGACCCAGCCAGUCUGGAUCACAAAUUAACAGAAGUCAGCCAAAAUAUAGAAAAACUGCGGCUAGAAGCCCAGAAAUUUGAGGCCUGGCUGGCCGAGGUGGAAGGCAGGCUGCCAGCGCGCAGUGAUCAGGCCCGCCGCCAAAGUGGAAUGUACGACGCCCAGAACCCAGCCACGGUCAACAACUGUGCUCAGGACCGCGAGAGCAGCCCAGAUGGCAGUUACACGGAGGAGCAGAGUCAGGAGAGUGAGGUGAAGGUGCUGGCCACGGACUUCGACGACGAGUUUGACGACGAGGAGCCCCUGCCGGCCAUCGGGACUUGCAAAGCUCUCUACACGUUUGAAGGUCAGAAUGAAGGAACCAUUUCAGUAGUUGAAGGAGAAACGCUGUACGUCAUAGAGGAAGACAAAGGUGAUGGGUGGACCCGCAUCCGGAGGAACGAAGAAGAAGAGGGUUAUGUCCCCACUUCAUACGUCGAAGUCUAUUUGGACAAAAAUGCCAAAGGUGCUAAGACUUAUAUUUAAUACAACUUAAAAAACAAAAACAAACUUAAAAAAAAUUGGAGGUGUCUCUUCCCACAGCUAUGACUGUUACAGGCGGUUCUUCACAUGUCUGGAUGGAGGACACUAGCGUGCAUGUUGUCGUUUGGCCGCACGCGGUGGCCAUGUAGGUGUCUUAACACCCGACUUUCCCUGGCUAGUUUUGACUAUAAUCAAGUGUCCCUUGCUAACGAAAUAUUAUGUGGAAAGCUCCAACUGCCAACUUAAAAUUCUGUCGUUUGAACCCCACAAGCGUUUCUUCCUCUGGCCAUAUCUGUAGGCAUCCAGAAAAAAAGCGGCUCUUCUAGCUUCUAGUCGAUAUUUCCAAAUUGAAAAGUCCACACGCGUCUGAGGGGGUGCGUAAGACAUCUGCUCUCCUGUGUAUAGCUAGCAUCUGUGGCAGAUUGAACUACCUUAGGACGUUGUGUUUUGUAACAGUAAAUUGAACUUGGCUAGUUUGUUAGUUUGGUCUUACAGUCGUCUGCUUUGGAGGAAGUAAAAAAUAAAACAUCCCCCUUCUUGAGGAAAGAAAAUAAGGAGAUUCCUAUGUCAGUACUAAAAAGUGUGUCUUUUUCCUUAAACGUGUUUAAGAUCAUAGUACAUGGUGAUUAUCCUAUCACGUCUGCGUAUCCCAGAUGGCCCGCUGAAAUCUGGAAAAGCUUGGUUAACAGUUAAUCUGAGUUUAACGUCAGAUCACUGAGCUCCCCACUCUGUCAAUGACAGAGCCCAUCAGAUACCCUGGUGCUGUUUCGAUAACUGAGAAAAACCAGUGAAUUUCUGUUGGAGCGUCUGUGGUAAGUGGGGCGCUGUGCAGCUCACACGUCCCCAGGUGGCGCUAUAAAUAGAACCGGGUGCGUCACCAGCUGCUUCUUCCGCUUAGACCCCAGCUAAUCGCUUUUCAAAGGUGUUUUGUGUUUAUUUUAAUCACUGGCACUCUUUAAGCCCCCAAAUAUGAAUUUAUGGACAGCUGUUUGAGAAUUGCUCACUUGUUUUGUGUCAUUAACCAAGGCCAGCAUAAAAUAGAGCAUUUCGCCGUUUUGAAUCUGGGUCACAUGGGGAUUUGCAUUUUUUAAAUUGGCAAGAUGGGUAGUGAAAUUGAUCAUGUGCGUAGACAGGUACCAAGCCCAGUGUUUGUCCCCAUUUCAGGAAUCUACCCUGAGAUCCCAGAGAACCAGCUCAGAAUAAAUGGGUCGGGCACAAUUUUCUCUUUUAUUUGGCUGUGAAGAUUAUUCCUUCGUGUCUUUCCUACUUUUAAAUAGGAAAUUAGCUCCUUGGUUUUACAUCAUGAGCUCCUUUUAUGAGCUCAAGCCAAUUGAAAGCUGACUUUACAAAAAAAAAAAUUAUAAAAAUAAAGCUGCUUUUAAAAGCAAACGCAGUUCAUGGGCAGGGGCAGCACCUGGCAGGAGAUAUGAGUGCUUGUUGCAGAGUGCAGUAGAAAGUUCCCGACAUUCCCCAAGGACCACCAAAAUGGGACUUGAUCGACUUUGCUUAACGACGGCCUGAUUUUUAAAACACAUUUUCUUUUUAAAUAAUCAUAGAUUCCUGGGGAGUUGCAAAGACCGUACAGAGGGAUCAGUUUAGAUUUCUUGUGCAUUGUUCUACUUGUGCCGACAUACUAUCAGUAAAGCCAUUCAUCCUGGACCCCAGACCUCUGAGGAAAAAUUGUUUCAGUUCCCCUUUUUAUAAAUACUGCAGCUGACGCUGAAACCGCAGGGAUCCCUCUGACUGAACAGGAGGUCACCGCGUUAGGCAUGGACCCAAGCGAAAGGGAGACUUGAGGUAUUAAAAUCAAAGCUUUCUGUCUGCUGAUGGACUCAUUUCUAGAUGAUGACCUGCUUGCAGGAAGCAAAUUAAACAUUGAAGAAGUCUUAAAAUGGCCAAGACAAUGUUAGCCUUUUGAAGCCGCCCUUGGAAAGUAUGACAGUGCGUGAAUUUUUUUCCCCCUUAUGGUCGUGCAUAUUUGAUGCAGAAAAUGGCUCAGUUGGUUUGCGGGGGGCCUGGGGGCUGGUUUUGGUGUGUCAGUGAAUAAUCAUGAUUUGUAAUUGUGUGCCCCAGGCCCUUAGCAGAGGCCGCUCCAGAACUGCAGACAGCACAGUGACACUUUGUAGCUUCUGUUUAAGCCGGUCAGUGCACCAAAUAUUAGAAGAAAUCCCGAAACCAUUCCCCAAGAAUCAGGAUGCCCAUUUCUGCCCAGAGUAUAUACUCUGGUUUUCUUCCCCCCCAGUUUUAUGCUAAAAUAAAAGGCGGCAAGUAAGUCUCUGCUUGUUUAGGAAGCUUUCUCCUUUCAUUUUAGACACACGCUUAGAGGUUACUGGCGUGUGGGUAGAACCCACCUUCCCCACCUGGUUUCUAAAGCUUGUCGGGACCCCCAAGAACACUUCCCCCACCCACCCACCCCCACAAACCCAUCGGGACUGCUGCUUCCUGACGCCCAGAACUCAAAGCAGCUGUUUUGUGCCCAUGCACUUGUGUGUGUGCGCGCGCAUGCGUGUGUAUGUGUGUGUUGUCUACGAUGUGACUAUUUAAUAAUUGCCAAAAUAUUUAGACUAGAGGAACAUCCAGUGGGUCCAUUGGAUUGUGACUUAUCUUCUUUUAUGGUUUGGUUUGGUUUUUUAAAUUGCUUUCUGUUAAAUAUGUCCGUAACCCCCUCCCCACCACCGACCCCCCAAUAUAUUUGUAUAUACUGCAAUUGAAGAACUAAAAGGAUGACUUGAAUUUGUUGUUUUAACGUUUUACUCUUUUGUCUGUUUGUUUUAUUGGUGAUUCUGCUGCCUAAUGACCUUCUUUGUUUUUGUAACCGCUGAGGAUGCCGGAAGGACUAGGUUCCCUGCCGGCUGCUCCUCAUUGAGUUUAUUGUAGACACUUGGGCUCUGAGUAAGUUUCGUUUGAAUACGGCCAACAUGAUUGUCUCUCUCUCUCUCGCUCUCUCCUUACCCUAAAAGAAAAGACUGUCUGGCAUCUUUAAGUUGUACCCUCGUAUCUGCCUCUCUAAUAAACGUAUUUUUCUCAGUGUUGUGUAUUUUAAA